AAAACAAUCAGCCGCCAUGGUCCAAGUCAGAUGUUCAGAUUAGUGCAUUUAUGGCGAUUUAUCGCUUUUGAUGAACACCCCAGGCAGGUCGUAGACGUAGUUUGUUGUUCCUGGAAGUUUUAUGUGUUUAUUUAUUAAAUUAUGAUGGCUGACAGCAACGUUUGUCUUCAUUUUCCGGGUAUUUGAGACAGGAGGGAGGUGCUGUAUCGGACCUGCACUGAGGUGUCUGAGCUUUCACAGACAAGAUGAUCUACAUCUUAAUGGGAGUCUCAGGCUCUGGGAAAACAAGUUUAGGAACAUUUCUGUCAGAAAAGCUGGGCUGGCCUUUCUACGAGGGUGAUAACUUCCACCCUCAUGAGAACAUUCAGAAAAUGGCUCGUGGAGAACCGCUCACAGACCAGGACAGAUUUCCUUGGCUUCUCAAAUUACAUGAAAUUAUUAACAGAGAAAGAAGUUCAGGUUCUGACGCUCUAAUCGCGUGUUCGGCUCUGAAGCGUCUGUACAGGCAGAUCCUCCUCCACGGCUCCUCGGCCCUCACUUCCUCUUCCUGUCCGCACCAGAGCAUCUCACCUCCCACUUCUUCUGACGUAUUUUUCCUCUACCUGCACGGCGACUAUGAUUUCAUUUACCAGAGGAUGGUGGCCAGGAAGGGACAUUACAUGAAAGCAGACCUGCUGCGUUCUCAGUUUGACAUUUUGGAGCCUCCGACAGACGAGGAGAACGUGUUGCCACUGGACAUCAGGAAGAGCGUCGCUGAUUUGGUGUUGGAGGUGGAAAAGCAUCUUCUCAGCCUGAAGUGAAGCAGUGACCACUGCAGCUGUUUGAAGUGGGAUUGUUAGUCAUUUAAUUUAUGCUCAGUCUGACACAGUUUUUCAUCAUCCACACUUUUACUGCAGUGCCUUGAAAAUAUCAGCGUUAAACCAGGAGUUGUUUUCACCACAGUUGUACAUACAUUUCUUCAAAUCUACUGUACUGUACGUGAUUUUAAAACAUCCCACAUUCAUGCUUUUGCUUAAGCAAUAUUUCAAAUUUUCAAACCUUUUUUCUGAUGGUGAUAUUUAGAGGCUUUACUAAAGAAAUGGAAACAAGUUGUUUUUGACAGGCAGCUGAUACUGAAAAACCUACAAAUGUAAUACAAAAGUUUGUUUUGUUAAGUUGUGUGUUAUGUAACACCAGUUGAUGGGGCUUAGGAGUCUCUUGAUGCCAGAAUGAUUUAUCAAAGUUAAGUGGAUUAACAAACUGAAAAAUGCCUCUGAUAAUGGUCAGGUACUGAAAUGAAAUAGUUGAAGCAGCCAAAACCCAAAGAAAAUAGUCUUAAAGUCUAAGGAGCUUUGCUCAUGACCACUUUAAAAAUGGUCAAAAAAUCUAAUAUACCAUACAACCUGCAUAAGGACAUUUCUAUCAUCUGUUGUCAGGAUCUUCCUCAUUAGCYGUUACAAUAAAAAUCAUCACCAUGUAAGCCCUUGUCAGUUAAUUCAACCUAAUCUGUAUGUAGUUUAAAUCUGAGUAAAGAUGAAAAAGAAAUAAUUUUAAUUCCAGACAGCCACAUAGAAGCUCACGCAGUUAGAAAUGUUUCAUCUACUCAUUACUUUUUCAGUGAAAAACAAAGAGUCUGAUCCUUUGGUGUUUCUGGUUUAAAAAAGAACAAAGCUUGCAGAAAACAUCUGAAAUUCUGUUUUGUGUUUCAGCUAAGUUGAAUAUUUGAAACUGUAACAAGUUUGGAUCAGGAUGUAUUCAGAUGUGUGUUUCUGCUUUGGUUGGUAUUAGCAGGACUUUUCUGUAUAAGCACAAACUACUUUAGGAGCAGUUAGAGACCAAAGUGUGGUCUUGGUUAUUGCUGUGGUGAUUCAGUAUCUGUGUUGGAGUUGUUUGAUAACUGAUUUUCACAUUUUAAUCUGAACAAUUUGAAUUAAUGUUUUGCAGCCCCACCUUCAGGUAACAUAAGCAAUGGACAGGUUAUAAAUCUUUACAAUUAACCAAAGAGAUCAAUGUUAAAAAAAGUGUUUCUUUUAAUGAAAUUAAGCCUUUUUAUUUCCUUGCUCUGAUCAGUAGCAUAAAGUUUAUAAUAAAACAACAAAAACAUGUUUCUACAGUUAGUUUUAGACCGCAGUUAUUUUUAACAUUUCUCAAAAAGUUCCUAAAUAACCUUUGACAAUUUAUUCACUUUUGAAAAAAUGUGUAUUAAAAUGUUUGAAAUAAAUAUCAAGAAACUGCAAA